CAGUUCCGCUGCCGCAGAGGAGGAGCGCUUCAUCCUCUUCAGGAAUAAACAGAAAUAAAUACAUAUAUAUUAUUAUUGUUUUUUUUAUUCAUUAUUAAAACGCACACACGGCUGGUUUAUCGAAUGGUUACAGGUUAUUAAAACGGCGAGGUGGAAAUAGUCGUGUUUCCGUCGGAUUUGAGGAGGAUUUCUGCUGUGGAAACGACUAACGUUAAACGCUUCAUUAUUGACACUGUCAUUUCUUUAAAGCUUUUCAUUUUAAAAGAAUAUGGAAACUGCUGCAAGAAACAAAUCGAGCAAAGGCCUGAAGAUCCAACCUCCUGAGAACGAGAAGGUUUCUGCUGGUGGACCCAAGAGAGUUCCGGUGACCCAGAGCGCUCAGAAGCCCGUGUUGACGUCGAACACGCAUGUUCUCGGCUCGGCACACGGACCGCAGCGCAUCCAGCGCAAGCCCAUCGGAGUCCCUGUUCCUGUGAAACCCACACGUCCCGGAGACCAGAACCUCAAUCCAGAUCCACUCAAGACACCAACACAGAGCAAACCUCAGGCAACAAAAUCUCCUGAACCCAGCAAACAGAACAGACUUCAGCAAACUCCUUCCGCUGGAACAUCCAGUAAUGCCAAGAAAGCGUGGAGUUUAGAGAAUUUCGACAUCGGAAGAGCUCUGGGCAAAGGCAAGUUUGGGAGUGUGUAUCUGGCAAGGGAACGUCAGACCAAGUUCAUCCUGGCACUUAAAGUCCUGUUCAAAACUCAGCUGGAGAAAGCUGGAGUGGAGCACCAGCUGCGGAGAGAAGUGGAGAUCCAGUCACAUCUCCGACAUCCCAAUAUCCUGCGUCUCUACGGUUAUUUCCACGACGCGGCGCGUGUUUAUCUGAUCCUGGAGUUCGCUCCUAAAGGAGAGCUGUAUGGAGAGCUCCAGCGCUGCGGGACGUUCGAUGACCAGCGGAGUGCCACGUACAUAAUGGAGCUUGCAGAUGCUCUGAGCUACUGCCACUCAAAGAACGUGAUUCACAGAGACAUCAAACCUGAAAACCUCCUGUUGGGGGCCAACGGAGAGCUGAAGAUCGCAGACUUCGGAUGGUCCGUCCACACACCCUCCUCCAGGAGGUCGACGCUGUGCGGUACGCUGGACUAUCUUCCUCCAGAGAUGAUUGAAGGCAAAACGCAUGACGAGAAAGUGGAUCUGUGGAGUCUAGGAGUGCUCUGCUAUGAGUUUCUGGUUGGCCACCCACCUUUCGAAACAAAGAGCCAUGACGAAACGUACCGCAAGAUUUCUAGAGUUGAGUUCACGUAUCCGGCUCACGUGAGCGAGGGCAGCCGAGACCUGAUCAGCAGACUGCUGAAGCACAACCCCAUGCACCGGCUCCCCAUCCAGAGCGUCUUGGAGCACCCAUGGGUGCUGGAGAACUCCUCCAAGAAACCAACCCCUCGCACGCCAACCAGCAGCUGAGGACCAGAUUCAACAAAACAGACUCAUGUGGCCGUAAUGCGUCUGAUCUUUGCUACCGCUCUUGGGAAUAACUUUAUGAUUUGUAUGUUGUUUUUUGUGUUUUAUUGUUAACCAGUGUUGGGGGUAACUCAUUACAAGUAACUCGAAUUACGUAAUUGGAUUACUUUUUUCAAGUAACUUGUAAAGUGCACUUUUUGAGUGAAAUCGGGAGUAAGAUGUUACUUUUAGUUUUAGAAUUAAUGUGAACAUGCAUUAAUUAAUCUCACACACAAAGAAAAUCUUAAUUUAGUUUUCUUCAAAAUUAAUAAAAACAGUUAAAAGCAA